UGCGCCAAAACGGAAACAUUGCUGAGUCACCCCUUAGGCUCCGUAAAUCGCACUCCCAAGAUGCGUGCGUUGGGCAUUGCGCAGCCAAACAACCACCAUCAGACGAUCGGCACCAGCGCCACCACCACCACCAGCUCCACCUCCGCCAACACUGCCGGAGCGUCGUCGGCGGUCGGCGGGAUCAACGGUAAGAACGGCAACGGAGACGGGCACCAGCACGGACCGGGCACCGCCACCCUCAUCACGCUGCCCCGGGCCAUCCCGAUGGCCGGAACCGGAAUGACCACCACCGGUGAUGGGCAUCGGUCGGUUGCGCAGCUGCGGGGAGGCGGGAUGGUCGGCGGUGGCAGCGACACCGCCGCCCAGGACACGAUCUACCUGUGCAACUUUCGCGUCACCGUCGACGGCGAGUGGCUCUGCCUCAAGGAGCUGCAGGAUCUCGACCUCAAAGACGGCCAGCAGCAGGCGGGCUGCGGUGGUGCCGGUGGCGGGGCCGAUGCGAUGGGCGGCGGAGGUGGUGCAGGCGGAGGAGCCGGUGAUUGCAACGCACUCAAUAGUUUCGGUAUAAUUGAGAACGUAAAAUGCCAAGACAAGAUUAUCGAGCGCGAUUGGGUCAACUACUACUCACGCGAUCCUGCCUCGAUCGAGCGAAGCAAUCUGGUGAAGAUAUGCAAGCUAGUCGUGAAGGAACUGCUGGAGCAGUCGCUGCGUUUCGGUCGCAUGCUCGAUUCGGAUCACCUGCCGCUGCAGCACUUUUUUAUCGUGCUGGAGCACGUCCUGCGUCACGGCCUGAAACCGAAAAAAGGCUUACUAGGUCCAAAGAAAGAGCUCUGGGACAUCCUGCAAAGCGUCGAGCGGUACUGCGUCGAAGCGCUGGACAUCACCUCGUCGGUGCGCGAUCUACCAACGGUUCGAACGCACAUGGGCCGUGCCAGAGCCUGGUUGCGGUUGGCUCUGAUGCAGAAGAAGCUCGCCGACUACCUGCAGGUGUUGAUCGAACACCGGGAUGAUUCGCUGGCGGAAUACUACGAACCACACGCGCUGAUGAUGAGUGACGAGAUCAUCAUCAUCGUGGGCAUUCUGGUGGGUCUGAAUGUGAUCGACUGCAAUCUGUGCGUGAAGGAGGAAGAUCUCGACUCGCAGCAGGGUGUGAUUGAUUUUUCGCUCUACCUGCGGUCCAGCUCGCGCAACAGCCCGGAUGAGGAAAAUAAUGGUGGUCUUGGAGCCGGUGGCAUCACCGACAGUGCCACCGGUGCGAUGACGGCCGUGCUAGAUCAGAAGAACUACAUCGAGGAGCUGAAUCGACAUCUCAAUGCUACCGUCGCGAACCUUCAGGCCAAGGUGGAGUCGCUAACGACGACGAACGCGCUCAUGAAGGAAGACCUGGCGAUCGCACGCAACAGCCUGAUGGCGUUGCAGGCGGAAAAUGCGGCCCUAAGGAGGGCGUCCCAGCACGGGCACCCGAUCGAGGACAAAACGAACGUACUCGAUCGCUUCGAUCCGGAAAUGGCGGAAACGCUGGCCGAGGAGCGCAAAAAGCGGCACGAAAUCGAAAAGGAGCUAGAUCUGCAAGUGUCCCUGAAGGCGGAAACGGAAAUGGCGAUGAAGCUGCUCGAGAAGGACAUCCACGAGAAGCAGGACACGAUAGUAUCGCUGCGACGCCAGCUGGAGGACAUCAAGUCGAUCAACCUCGACAUGUACCGUAAGCUGCAGGAGUGCGAAGCGUCGUUGAAGCACAAAACCGAGCUCAUGUCGCGAAUGGAGACGCAACGCGAAUCGAUGGCAAAUGCUAUUUCGCAGCUGGAAAAAAAAUACAGCUCGGAAACGGCUAGCCUGAACGCGCUGCAGGAAUCUUCCCAAGCACUAUCGCUCCAAGUGGUCGCCAGCGAGCAAAGGGCUGCUAGGGCAGAGGCAGACUUACGCAUCGAGCGGGAAUGGCGGACGGCCAUGCACGAGAAGGAGAUUAAUCACAAGCAACUCAUCAGCGAGAUGCAACUGCAGAUGCAGCAGUUAAUGGAUGAUUCGAAGCAACUUGGCAAAGCCAACGUGGAACUGGAGAAGCUGCGCAGUCAGUGGGCGGAAGACCAACAGACUUUAGAGGAACUUGGGGUGCAGCUAAGUGUAAGCAAGCUGCAAAUCUCGGAGCUGAAAGAAAAGACGUCCAGAAACCACAACCAUAAUCAUAAUGGCCCCGAAGGUCAUAACGAUAGCAUGGAGGGUGCGAAAACGGGCGGCUGGACUCCGGACAAGGUCGUUUCUAAAUGCACCGGAUGUGACAAAGAGUUUGGCAUGACACGGCGCAAGCACCAUUGCCGGAACUGUGGUAAAAUAUUCUGCUCCAGUUGUUCGGAGCACGUUGCCACGCUGCCGUCCUUUGCGGGCAGCCAACGGGCGGACCAACAGUCGCCGCCAAAUGGAAGCAAACCGGUGCGCGUGUGUGACUACUGCUGGGAAAAACUAGCCUCCAGGUAGAUCAGAUUAUGCGCGGGUUUUGCAGGUUUCAGCAAUCCGAUUCCAACCAACCAAUUCAUUGCACCCCAGGAUGCCUUAGAAUGAUAAAUUGCCAUGUUGCGCGUAAUCAAUGUCGUGCAAUGGCACAGCUUUGUCUGAAU